AUGCCAUCCGACCCAACCUUCACCUACCCACCCCUCCACCACCACACCAGCGUGCCCCUCUCCCCACUCUCCGCCAGCGAGCCUCUAUCCGCCUACCUCGAGAAAUCCCUCACAAGGCCCUACCUCCACCCGGACGCCUGGUUAUCCCUCGAAGGCGUGCGCCAUGGACCCAAAUCCGGACCGCAGGGAAGUUGGGCGAUGCAUCACCUUCGUCGCAUUGAGGCGGGAAUGAGAGGGCAGGUUUUGGAUGCUGAGAGUCAAGAGGAAUUGGUGGGGAGGUUUGGGGAGGAGGUUGUUGGGGAGGCUUUGGGGAGGGCGUAUGAUCGGAGGAAGGAGCAGGAGGAAACUGAGGAGGGAGAGGGAGAGGGAGAGGGAGAGGGAGAGGCACAACAACCACCACCCAAGCAGAAAACUCACAAACAACCACCGCAAGAAAAACCUGAACAUCUCAUGACUAAAGCCGAGAAGAAGAAAGCUCGACGCGCGGCUGAGAAAGCCGCUGUGGCCAAAGCUCGAGAGGAAGGGAAAGAAAUCCCAACAUUUGGCAGGAAACGCAAGAGAGCUGGGGGGAAUAAUGAUGAUGGUGAUGAUGGAGCAAGUCACAGCGAAGGUGAUGGUGGAGAUGGAGAUGAUACUGCCGCUGCGGACAUCAAUGAUCCCGCACAAUACUCUUCCGCGCAAUCCCACGCUCUGGCGCAGAAACCUCUGGUGGAGGAUGUAGGAGAGAGGGAUCCUGCGGGCGUGGAUCGCGAGGAUGCUGUGAAUGCGCCUGUGGUGGUGGAGCAUGAUGCGCAGGGGGAGGUGGUUGUUCCGGGAGGAAAUUCCUCGAAGAAGAGGAAGGGGGGAGAGGGAGAAGAUGAGAAGGAGGCGAAGAGGGCGGCGAAGAAGGCUAGGAGGGAAGAGGAGAGGAGGAGGAAUGCAAGUGGAGGUGGGGAUGCAGAUGGAGAUGUGGAAAUGGGGGAUGCGCAAACCCCAACCGUGACGACAAGUCUUGCACCGAGUCGAAAGGAAAGAAAGGAGAAGCGGAAAGCUGCAGAGGAGCAGAGUAAUGGUACUCCCAAGGAAAAGAAAUCUGCAGGGAAGAAAAUGAAUGGCACGCCUGCUGCUGCUGCUGGUGAUGGAGGGCAGAAACAGCAAACUAACGGCGGAAAUGGGGAUGUGAAUGGUACGACACCAGCUACGACGAGGGAGAAGAAGGCCGCGAAGAAAAAGGGCAAGAAGGAGAAAGAGGGUGCUCAGACGUCUUCAUGA